AUGUAUUGGGAUCCGUAUAACUUGUUGUAUGCCAAGAUGUACAAGUUUGUGGUCAUUGGAGGACUUUUAUUCGUCUUGAGCUGUUUCUCCAUGCUUGUUCUCUUUUCCUCCACUCGAAAGAAUCAAGUCAUGAAUGUAUUCAUUCCACACUCUGUUGCUGCUAAUGACUGUCAUUCCUCCAUGAGAGGUGCUUCCACUCAUCAAGUACAAGACGACGACGAACAAGUUGCUCUCGAAAGCACUCAAACUCCUCCACCACUCUCUUUAUUCUACAGUUCGUAUCAAUGCAACAAGUAUCAAGAAGGAAUUGGUCACUCGGUUCCAGACAUUUAUCCCAAACACACUUUAUUCGCUCAAUGUUCCUUUCAAAAUUUGUGUUUGAAUCGAAGAGGACAAUGGGUGUUGUUUUUAGAUAAUGACACAGCACCAACCUCUGAAUGGAUCUCUCGUGUCAAUGAACAAGUGUGGGUCUAUACACAACCACGUGUACACUCCUCUCGAGGUGAUAUGAUCAUUAAAGUGUAUGGAGAUGGUCCAGUCCAACUUGUGUCAACAUCCAAAACUGGAAGUUCCAAAUCGAGUGUAGACAGCAACAAUAUCAAGAACAACAACUAUGAAAAACCAACACGACCUCGAGCCAUGAUCAAUCUUUCUCCUGAUUUUAAAUAUAUAUCAAGUCCCUCCUUCUUAACGCAUAGAUACGUGGCAGGAAAUGUAGGUCACGUGUUGAUGGAUGGAAUGACUGAAGCCAUGAUCAAUAUGGUCAUGUUCAAAUUACAAGAAUACACAGAGAUGAAUAUCGUUUUUUUAGAGGAUAUUCAUGACGACUCGUAUCAUUCAGAAAAUUGGGUGGCUGCCUAUAAUUACGACAAGAACAUGUCAGACAAGUAUUCGAUUGACUUUUUUGGAUUAAUGUCCAACAAACCAGUGUUGCAAAAAUGUUCCACAUCCACAGGUUGGACAGUGACCAAAGCUCCAUGUAGAAAUCAAAUACCUACGACUAUCAAUGAAGAUAAUAAGGAUGAGCUUACUGUUUGCUUUAAGAAUGCCAUUGCUGGAAUGUCACGACCUUAUUUAUUAUCAGCUAUUGGUGCUGAGGUCAUUAAUGAACCACUUCGAACAUUGGUUUCCAAAGUAACUGGAAUCAAUUUUGAAUAUAAGGCCUCUACCAAACAGGAAAUUGUUGUUGCCAUUCAUAACAAACCAAAACAAGGAAGGCACGGAGAAAUCAUUUGGAAUUUUGAAGAAGUAUAUUCCAUGAUUGCUGAGAGAUUACCAAAGGAAGAGUUCAUUGUCAAUGUGUUGAAAAAGAAAGUACGAGUGGUCGAUCUUCACUUAGAAGGAAUGAAUGCAAGACAACAAGUACAAUUCUUUUCUCAAGUUGAUGUUUAUAUUGUGGAUCAAGGAAGUGCCUCUUACAUGACCAUGUUUUUACCAAGAAAUGCCAUUGUGAUACAAGCACCUGAUUGCAGAUAUAGAGAGGACAAGUCCAAAUUCUGCUACGAUCGAUUUUCACAAUAUGCUUAUACAUUUUCUCAUGUCAAAAUGUACCCAUUCUUGAGCUUGUUACCAUCAUCAAUGAAAACCAUUGACUGUAAUCCAAGACCAACAGCAGAGGAAACGAAUUGUGAUCCAAUUCUUCCACCUGAGGUGACCUACAAUGCAGUGGUUAGUACCUUGACAGAACGGUUUAAGGAAUUACUGUAUCGAAAAUAUUAA